GAUCACUUGAGCAGACACAAGAGGAGAAAGUCAAGGAGGAAGAAGACACAAACUUAUUGAAGCUCACAUUUCCUUAAAGACGCUCAUAGUCCAGUUUUUGUACGUUCGGUAACUUUGAAGUUAAGUCGCCAACUUUGUUUUUGUGGAGGUGCUGGUGGAUGUUUAAAGCGGACCAAGGUGUAACGCUAAGCCCAGAGGAAUGUAUCCGAGUCGGACAGCGCCGAGCGGGGACCUCCGGAGAUGUUCAGGCUGGAUGGCCCUGCUGCUCAUCGGCAUCUUGGACAUCCGUGCUGCCGGGUCCGAGUUUGCUCACGACCACAGUGUGGUAGCAGCCCCUACAUGGAACACCUCUAGUGAUGGGUCAUUUUUCAUCCGUCUUGAGACUCCUAUGAACAACAUAACCACAUCCCUGGGCCAGACAGCCGAGCUGUUUUGUCGCGUGUCCGGCAACCCGCCGCCGACAGUGCGCUGGCUGAAAAACGACGCACCCGUGGUGCAGGAGCCACGGAGGGUCUCUUACCGUUCGACGCCAUACGGGUCGCGUCUCCGCAUCCGCAAUUUGGACACCACGGACACCGGCUACUUCCAGUGUGUCGCUACCAACACCCAGGGCACGGUGUCCACAACAGGCGUACUGUUCGUCAAAUUUGGUCCACUGCCUCCCCCUUUACCGGGACGACCAACGGAGGAUUUUGAUGAAGAGGGGUUCUGCCAGCCGUACAGAGGCAUCGCCUGCGCCCGCUUCAUCGGCAACCGCAGCAUCUUUGUUGACUCCUUGCAGAUGCAGGGGGAGAUUGAGACCCAGAUUACAGCGGCGUUCACCAUGAUCGGGACAUCCAACCAUUUGUCGGACCGCUGCUCCCAGUUCGCCAUCCCGUCCCUCUGCCACUUCGCUUUCCCGACCUGCGACCGCAGCACGGGGGCUGACAAACCUCGGGACCUGUGCAAGGACGAGUGUGAGAUCCUGGAGAAUGACUUGUGCAAGACGGAGUACAUCAUUGCUCGCUCGAACCCGAUCAUCUUGAAAAGACUGAAGCUGCCAAACUGUGAGGAUCUGGCGGCCUCCGACAGUCCUGAGGCGGCCAACUGUCUAAGAAUUGGAAUUCCUAUGACGGAGCCUAUUAACAAAAACCACAGGUGUUACAACAGCAGCGGCUCGGAAUACCGCGGCACGGUCAGCGUGACCAAGUCGAGCCGUCAAUGUCAGCCGUGGAACUCCCAGUAUCCUCACAGCCACAACUUCCUGGCUGUCCGCUACCCAGAGCUCAACGGCGGACACUCGUACUGCCGCAACCCAGGGAACAAACACGAGGCCCCCUGGUGCUUCACGCUGGAUGAGGGCGUCCGCAUGGAGAUCUGUGACAUCCCCGUUUGUGACCAUAAAGAGAAGUCCGGCGGCAGCAACAUGGAGAUCUUGUACAUUCUGGUUCCCAGUGUGACCAUCCCAUUGGCCAUCGCUUUGCUCUUCUUCUUCAUUUGUGUGUGCCGCAACAACCAGAAGUCCGCCAGGCCACCUGCGCCUCGCCAGCCCAAACCGGUCCGGGGACAAAAUGUUGAGAUGUCCAUGCUUACGACGGUAUACAAGCCAAAGAGUAAGGCCAAAGAGCUCCCCCUGUCAGCGGUGCGCUUCAUGGAGGAGCUUGGAGAAUGCACAUUGGGGAAGAUCUAUAAGGGGCACCUGUACCUUCCAGGCAUGGACCAAGCACAACUGGUCGCCAUCAAGACCCUCAAGGACAUCUCCAAUGUCCAACAGUGGAGUGACUUCCAGCAGGAGGCUGCUGUCCUGACAGAGCUGCAACAUCCCAAUGUGGUGUGUCUGCUGGGUGUGGUCACCCAGGAGCAGCCCGUCUGUUUGCUCUUCGAGUUCCUUCCUCAAGGCGACCUUCACGAGUUCCUCAUCAUGCGAUCGCCACACUCGGAUGUCGGCUGCAGCAGCGACGAGGACGGGACAGUUAAAUCCAGCUUGGACCACGGUGACUUCCUGCAUAUGUCCAUGCAGGUGGCUGCCGGGAUGGAGUACUUGGCCAGUCACUUCUACAUUCAUAAGGACCUCGCCGCGCGGAACAUUCUCGUUGGCGAGCAGCUCCACGUGAAGAUAUCGGACCUGGGCCUCUCCAGAGCGAUAUACUCGUCAGACUACUACUGUAUUCAGCCCAAAACCCUUUUUCCUAUUCGCUGGAUGCCUCCCGAGGCCAUCGCCUAUGGAAAGUUCACCACCGACUCCGACAUCUGGUCGUUUGGAGUGGUGCUGUGGGAGAUCUUCAGCUACGGCUUGCAGCCUUACUAUGGCUUCUCCAACCAGGAAGUGAUGGAGAUGGUUAGGAAGAGACAACUACUGCCGUGUCCUGAAGACUGUCCUCCAAGGUUUUAUGGUUUGAUGACUGAGUGCUGGCAGGAAGGUCCGUCACGCAGACCUCGCUUCAAGGACCUGCACAGUCGCCUACGAGCCUGGGAGGGCCUGUCGUCUCACGCCAGCUCCAGCACGCCCUCUGGUGGCGGAGGUAACGCCACCACGCAGACCACCUCGCUGAGCGCCAGCCCCGUUAGCAACCUGAGCAACCCUCGCUACGCCACCGCCACGGGGUACCUCUACCCGGCCCAGGCUCUGCCCUCACCAGGGCAGAUGGCGCCCAUGCCCGCCUGGGCGCCCAUGGCGGUGCCCCAAACACACCAGCGCUUCAUUCCCGUCAACGGCUACCCCAUCCCUCCGGGGUACGCGGCCUUCCCCGCUCACUUCCCUGCCCCGGCGCCGCCCACCCGGGUGAUCCAGCAGCAUCACCUGCCGCCUCCGAAAUCCCGCUCGCCCAGCAGCGCCAGCGGCUCCACCAGCACGGGUCACGUCAGCGGCGUGCCCUCCACCACAGGGUCCAAUCACGACGCCAACACGCCACUGUUGUCACACUGCAUCAUGCCGGGCAACGGCGGAGGCCCUCAGGUGUACGGACAGCUCACCCACAAGAUGGCGACACAACUGGACCACACAGCGCUGCUGGCGGCCAAUCCUGACGUCAUGAUGUUUAACGACGGCGUCAUCACCGCAGACCUGUAAUCCUCGGUCACACUCGGGACCAAUUGGAGGAAUGUGGCCGCUCAAACAGACCAUUUGAAGACCGCCUCAUCGCAGUCUUCCCUUUAUUCUAACCUUUGUGUAAAUACAGUGCAUGAGCGAAUGGAAUAUUAUAUUUUAUGAUGGUGAAAAAGAAGAAGGUCCGGCCGAGCAUACAGGAAGGUGGAGUCAAUCAACAACAAUUAUUUUAAGGAAACUACCUAAAAAUGUACUUUGUAAGAACACAAUUUAUCAACAAUAUGGAGACUAAAGGAAUAGCAGGCUUGACUUUGUGCAGGGUGGAACUCCAAAUGUUUCACUGCCUUUGGUACUUUUGAUUUUGUUACGCACCUAAACUACACAAUGGUACCUCUGAGCCAGGGGUGUCCAAACUAUGGCCAGCGGGCCAAGUACGGUCCGCUGGCGUCUUCUGUUCGGCCCGCAAGACGUCACAAGUUCAAUAAGAGAUAUCUUUCUUUUAAAUAGCUGACAGUCUGUUUGCUGCAAAGUUGCUGUCCUCUUGUGGAAAAUGUGAGUAAAUCAGGUCAACGACCACAAAUUUUAAUUGAAAGUGUACACGGCACAGCAUUGACUCAUAUGACCCAGUCUAAACAACCUUCCCCCACGCGUGGUGCAAACACAGGAAGUCAACACACACGCUCACUGAACUUUGUGGAUAUCAUUAAAAAAUGUCCAAUCAUUAUACAUAAUUCAAAGUUAAAUCAUUGCCACUACAAUGCAUGAUGGGAAUAAUGCGAAACACUCUCUCCGCGCGUAUUCAUGUUUGGCACAUUUUAUCUGCUUGAUAUUUUCUAAUUGAUCACAAAACUUUAAGGAGGUUGUCACGGAAGUAAACAAGGUAGAAGUCAAACUUUCACAUACUCUUAAUAUUCAAUUAUAUGAAUCAUCAAUUAUAUA